AUGUUCCAAGGAGAGGAUGCCACAAGGAUCAAUCAUUCAGGCUGCUUUGUGCUUAAAGGGAAGUACUUCUCUGUUUGCUCUGUACAUCAAGCAAAAAAACAUUACAAUGCUUCUUGCUUGUGGUCUAAUUGGUUGGUGGUGAGUGAUAAGUUCAAGCAAUACUUCAGGGUGGUGCUUAGAACAAGAAAUCACAUCAUUGUUUGGAAUGACCCCUGGAUCCCUGGCAUUGAUUCUGGAGUACCUGAAAAAACUGUAAUGGGAGUGAGCAGAGUAAAAUGGAUUGAUGAGCUGAUUCUGGAAGAUGGAAGAACUUGGAAUGGAAGGUUGAUUGUUGAAUGCUUUACUCAGAUUGAUACAUGGGCUAUUUUAGGGAUUGACACUCUGGAUCCUGAUUUGAGAGACAAAUGGAGUUGGACUCUAUACAACAAGGGUAAAUUUUCAGUUGACAGUUCUUACUCUAAGUUGUGGUUUGUAAACUCAGAUAAUUGGACAUUGCUGAAAGUAGUGAAACUGCCAAGUGGGAGAAGAGGGUUAGUGCAGAGGGGUUUAGACAUUGAUCCUUGGUGCCAUGGAUGUGGGGAGGAGAUGGAGAGUGUGGAACAUGUCCUUUUUCACUGCAACCAUGCUCAAAGGAUUUGGAAGUUGGCUCAUGUUUGCUGGAAUGAGAUAGUUGUAAUAGGCUCCUUCAAACUAUGGUGGUGGAAUCUCAUGCAGACUGGGUGGAAUUUCCAUGCAGCAGGACUUCAAGGGAAGAUCAGUGAUGAAGGAAAAUGUUGCUAG